AUGGAUUAUCUCAAUACAAGUCCCGGGUGCCGGGCUGCUUCAGUUGGGUCGGCGGCGUCUACACCAGACACGUCAACACAUUCUAGAUCUUCAAGCGGAAGCCACAACAACCACAUCAUCGUAUCACACGGAGCCAUUAUCAUCCAUGAGGUGUACCCCGACAGCGCCGCCUCCAAGGAUGGUCGCUUGAAGCCCGGUGACCAGCUGCUCGAAGUAAAUAGCGAAAACUUCCAAGACGUCUCACACAACAAGGCUCUGGCGUUGCUGCGACAGACGCCGGCCAAGGUGCGGAUGCUGGUGUACCGGGAAGAGGGCGCCGCCAAAGAGGAGGACGUGUUCGAGAAGAUGGACGUUCAGAUGGUGAAAAGGCCUGGCAAGGGGCUGGGUCUGAGCAUCGUCGGCAGAAAAAAACAGUCCAGGCGUCUUCAUCUCGGAUGUGGUGAGUCAUGGGGGGGGGGGGUAGUUGAUAUUCCUACUGCCUACAUCGUUACGGUACAAACUCCAUACCUAUAGAAGCGGACAUUGGGAUUCAGAUUGUUAUUAUGAGUAACAAUGUCAGCUUGUCCAUAGCUGGCGGUGUCUUUGGCCAGUCGUCUUCUCCCAG